CCCCGGUCUAGCGCCACAGGUGAGCCGCGCCCCACUUUCACACGCGACGAGGGCCAUGAUUGCCCGCGCAACUGCUUCCACGACCGCAUCAUGCUUCCAUCCCCGCCGCUAUAGGCCUCACGUCAUGAACAACUAUUCUUCGCGAUGGCAUCCAACAUCCCCGACCACUGGCUCUGGCUUGGCCUCGGCGUCUUCACCUUCAUAGCCGUCCAGCAAGUCUCCUACGGCCUCAACCACAUCCGCACCCUCACUGAGAUCCGAGACCCCCAGAACAUCCCCCAACAGCGCCGCGCCAUCCCUUCCGGACCGCCGACUCACCAAGAAGAUGCGAUCAAGACAAGUUCCCUCUUGACACUGGCGACUAGUCACAACAACGACAUCCGCGCCUCCGCCACCAAGAUCCUAUGUACACGCUUCUAUGCUUCCAAGUCUGCCAAAGACCUGCUCAUCAAAGACCUGUACUGUGCAGACGGAGAAGUUCUGCAUCGUGCGCAGUUGGCCUUCAAUCUGCUGGGUGACAUGGGUGUCUGGAGGGACGAUUCUUUGUUGCCCAAUAACAGGUUCAGGUGGGACGUCGUUCAGCCUGGAAUGGGAGGAGGUUCGCAAAGAGAUGUCAGGCGGAGACGGAGAGAGGCCAUGGUGAUAAGCGAUGGUGAAGGGCUGAUUGGAAGUGAUGAUGUUUACAUGAGGGGUCCAGAUGGAGAGGAAGAACAUGAUGAGGAGUCGUUGUUUGUGUCUUGAAGACGCGAAGUUAUGGACAUGGUACGGAAUUUUGAAUAUGAUACCCCAGCGAUGCUAGAAUACACCUUCUCAGUUUGAUAUAUCACUGCCUCAGUGUCUA